GUAAUGGUGAUCAUGUUGUAUGUUUCCACUGUGGUGGAGGAUUGCAAGAAUGGAAGGAAAAUGAAGACCCAUGGGAUCAACAUGCUAAAUGGUUUCCUGGGUGCAGAUUUGUGAGAAAGGAAAAAGGGAUAGAAUUUAUAAAUAAUGUUCACUUAAGAGAUGGAUGUAGGGAUUCAACAACAGAAGCUGCUGAAGGGACGAUACUUCAUAAAGAUGAUCUCUUACAGAAUCCUGUGGUACAAAGUGCCAUAAACAUGGGUUUCAGUUUGUCUGAGAUUAGGAACACCAUGGAAAACAGAUUGCAGAUGUCUGGAGAAAGUCACACAUCUGUUGAGGAUCUGGUAGCAGACUUAAGUGCUCAGAAAGAAAAUACAAGGGAAGAAGGACCAAAUGAAAUCCCAGUUGAGCGAGAUGACCUUAUUCAAUUACAAAACCUUUAUCUCAGUACUGAGGAGAAGUUACGGCGCUUGCAGGAAGAAAAGCUUUGCAAGAUCUGUAUGGCUAAAGACCUGUCAGUUGUCUUCAUUCCCUGUGGUCACCUAGUUGCCUGUAAGGAAUGUGCUGAAGCACUUAAUGAAUGCCCUUUGUGUCGUAUAAAUAUUGUGAAAAGACAGGAAAUUUUUAUGUAUUAG